AUGGCGUCCACGAGUACUGACAUAGUCUCUUCGUCUUCUUCGAUGGCGUCCACGAGUACUGACAUAGUCUCUUCGUCUUCUUCUUCAACAUCUCCACAGAGAUAUGAUGUUUUCCUCAGUUUCUACGGGGAUGACACUCGCUAUCGUUUUACCGACCAUCUCCAUGAUGCUUUACAACGGAAAGGCCUUUUCGUGUUUAGAGACGUUGAGAAGCUCGAGCGAGGAAAAUAUCUUUCUGAUGAGCUUCCAAAAGCAAUACAACAAUCCAAGUGUGGGAUCGCCGUUAUCUCUAAAAACUACGCAUUCUCUAAAUGGUGUCUCGAUGAACUUGCCGAGAUGGUCAAAUGCCCGGGGCUUAGAGUUUUUCCUAUUUUCUACCAUGUGAAUCCAUCUGACAUACGAAAAGUGAGGGGAACUUUUGCAGAAGCUUUUGAUGGGCAUGAAAAAGAUCCCAAGGUUGACAUUCAGAUGAUGUCAAAGUGGAGAGCUGCUUUGAGAGAAGUGAGCAACAUGUCCGGAUGGCAUCUACGUAAUGAUAGCGAUAGGUACGAAUCAAACGUUAUCAAAGAAAUUUGUAAUAGUAUAUCUGAUGGAUUGAGAACUUCUAACUUCUCAUUUGUUUCCGAGGAAUUUGUUGGAAUAAAACCCCGUGUGGAGGAAAUUAUGGCCUUACUUAGAAUAGAAUUGGAUGAAGUUCGCUUUUUAGGGAUUUGGGGGAUGGGAGGAAUUGGCAAAACAACUCUGUCAAAAGCCAUUUAUGAAGAAGUUUCUCAUAAAUUUGAUGCUAGUUGCUUUAUUGAAGAAACUAGAUCUCUUAGUCUAGUUGAUCUACAAAAACAUCUUAUUUCUCAUAUCCUAAAGGAAAGAGAAAUAGAUAUUUGCAAUCCAAGCAAAGAGAUAAGGAGCAGACUACGUACUCAAAAGAUUUUUAUUAUUCUUGACGAUGUGGAUGGAGAAAAACUAGAAGCAUUAGCAAAGAGACAUGAUUGGUUUGGUCAAGGGAGUAGAAUCAUUAUAACAAGCAGGGAUCAACAUUUGCUGAGCGAAUAUGUGGAUAAGAUCUAUGAGGUUAAGGUGCUGAAUCAUGCUGAAGCUUUAAAACUCUUUAGUUUGAAAGCCUUCAAGAAACCCCAUCCUGAAAAAAAAUUUGAGCAAUUGUCUGAGGAAAUUGUGAAUUACGCUAAUGGCCUUCCUUUAGCUAUUAAUGUUUUUGGUAAAUUAUCGCGUGGUAGAGAAUUGAAAAAAUUGGAGAGUGUCAGGGAUUUACUAAGAGAAAAUCCCAAUGCAGAAAUUUUGGAUAGACUAAAAAUAAGUUAUCAUGAAUUAGAGAAUUCGCAGCAAAAUUUGUUUUUAGAUAUUGCAUGUUUCUUCAAUGGAGAAUUCAAAAAAGAAGUCAUAUACAAACUAGAAGCUUUGGGUUGCUAUCCGAACAUCAAUUUGGAUGUUCUUGUGGAGAAAUCUCUUAUAACCAUCUCAGAGAGCGGAAGAUUGGGGAUGCAUGAUUUGUUACAAAAAUUGGGUCAAAAAAUAGUUCAUGAUGAGUCUGCGAAGCUUGGCAAAUUACCCAGUAGAUUGUGGCGUGAAGAGGAUGUCAUUAGAGUAUUGAAAAAUGAUAGUGUAAGUGGUUAG